GGCGGGAGCAGAGAGUGGUGUAGAGUGUGGAGAUAAAGUAGAGAGUUCAUUGUGUGAGUGUGGGUGUGUAAUUGAGUCUUCUAGUAAUAAUAAAAGAGAGUAUUUAUUUUUAGUCCGAAUAUCCACUUGAGUCCAACAAGCGAUAUUAGGGCUGUUAGCUCAACACUUCAGGUGCGCUGGGUGUCGAGUAUUAAUUUGCCCCCUAGCCCCACGAAAAUCGAUGGUUCUCAGAUAAUAUAGACAUUAGUUUGAAGAAUCCUCCUGAAAUUAGCAGUUACUUGCAUCCCAGAGGAGGUCCAUUGAUGAACAUUAUCAGCAAACCAAGACUAUGGCUAAGAGAAAGGUGGUGGUCAAGGUGUCCAUGAACGGUAGGAAUCAGAAGUUCUCACUCUUCCCAAAUUUUAGAAGGCAAGAUAAUCGCGUGAAGGCUCUUCAAAUUGCAAUGGCCAUUCCUGGGUUCCAAUCAUUGAGUUUAAAAGGAACGGACCGAGACACGAUUGAAGUAACAGGGGAUGGAGUCGACGCGUUCGAGCUCACCAGUAAGCUUCGCAAGAGCUUGGGUUAUGCGAUUUUGGAGACGGUGAACGAAGUCAAAGAGGAGGAGAAACAAGAAGAAAAGAAGCCCAAGAUAGAUGAGGUGCCGGUUGUCUCGUAUCCGUGGGAUCCAUCGUAUUCAUCGUAUGUUGUAACGGAAUCCCAACCGGCUUGUUGCACCGUCAUGUAAUGCUGUCUUUCUCUACAUCAUGUGAUAUUUUGGCCAACCGGCUUGUCGCACUGUCAUGUAAUGCUCUCUCUCUACACCAUGUGAUAUUUUGGAAAGGUUUCCUGAUUAUCA